GAACACUUCCAUACAUGUGGACGUUUGCAGGAGCUCUGGCUUGUUUCUCGUGUGAGAUAGAAGGCUGAUCGUCCUGUCAUCAUGAGGGCAUGUGGGAAAGCAGCUCUCUGCUUCCUGUUCCUACUCGGUCUGAUUCAGACACCGUUGUGUGUGACAGCUGGGAAAAUCCUCAUCUGGCCUUCAGAAUUCAGUCACUGGCUUCACAUGAAAACAAUCAUAGAUGAGCUUAUAGUGAGAGGACACAAUGUGACCAUUGUUACCCACAGUGCUACACCGUUUCUACUGAAAGACCAGUCUCUGGGCUACAACAUGGAGAUCAUACAGGUGCCUCACACCAAGAAGGACAUUAUGGACAACUUGGACAGGAUUUUAAAGUCUUGCAUGUACGACAUACCAAAUAUCAACAUGAUUCAUGCUUUUUUGAAGCUUACUGAAGGCAUUGACAUUAUGACGGAGCAGAAUAAAGCAUUAUGUAGAGAACUUUUUGCACGUGAAGAUCUGCUGGAGAAGUGGAGAAAGGAAAAGUUUGAUGUUCUUCUGACAGAUCCUGUGACCGCAUGUGGUGAACUUCUUGCACAGAAGCUCAAUCUUCCCUUCGUCAUGAGUACAAGGCCAUUUUUUGCUAAUUUUAUGGAGCGACACUGUGGGCAGCUGCCGGCUCCACCGUCCUAUGUCCCUGCAUUUGGCAUAGGCUAUACAGAUCGCAUGGAUUUCCUGCAGAGAGUGACAAAUAUUUUGUUUAUUGCCUUUCAUGAUAUAGUGGUUAACUUCAUGAUGAUGGCAAAAUGGGAUCCAUUCUUCACAGAAAUCAUGGGCAAACCCACAACACUAUGUGACACCAUGAGCAAAGCUGACAUCUGGUUAAUCAGAACUUACUGGGAUUUUGAAUAUCCACGGCCGCUCCUACCAAACUUUAAAUUUGUUGGUGGAUUACACUGCAAACCUGCAAAACCUCUACCAAAAGACAUGGAGGACUUUGUCCAGAGCUCAGGAGAUGAUGGUAUUGUGGUGUUUUCAUUGGGGUCCAUGAUAAAAAACCUCACCAAAGAGAGAGCGAACAUCAUCGCUACAGCGCUCGGACAGAUUCCCCAAAAGGUCUUGUGGCGAUACACAGGUGAGAAACCAGAAACUCUUGCUCCUAAUACAAGACUCUAUGACUGGAUUCCUCAGAAUGAUUUACUAGGACAUCCUAAAACCAAGGCCUUCAUCACCCAUGGUGGGACUAAUGGAAUAUAUGAAGCUAUUUAUCAUGGAGUUCCCAUGGUGGGCCUGCCGCUGUUUGCUGAUCAGCCUGACAAUAUAAAUCACAUGACAACCAAAGGCGCUGCUGUGAUGCUUGACUUCAACAAAAUGAGGUCCAAGGACUUGAAGCAUGCUCUCGAUGAUGUCAUUAACAAUCCAUCCUACAAGGAGAGUAUGAUGAGGCUAUCCCGAAUCCACCACGACCAACCGAUGAAGCCGCUAGACCAGGCCGUGUACUGGAUCGAGUAUGUGAUGCGCAAUAAAGGGGCCAAGCACCUGAGGGUUGAAGCCCAUAACCUCACGUGGUAUCAGUACCACUGCUUGGACGUUGCUGUCUUUUUGCUUUCUGUAAUUGCGUUAGUCGUGUUCAUCUUUGUAAAAACAUGCGGAUUGCUCUUCCGGAAAUGUUGCAGAAAGACCUCAGCAAAGAGCAAGAAAGAGUGAAGCAUCUGUAUAUGAAUGUGUUAUAAGCAUAGUAUGUAUAGUGUGGUUUGCUUUUUAAAUAAAAUUUUAAAAACAAA